AAUUUGCACUUGCGGUCACCCUGCUAAGCUCCACUGGAAGAAAACAUGAAGAAGAUGGAGCAGCAAUAACUGCUAAUCUAAAUGGUAUAAAAACGCAAAGUAACUAUUUAAAAAAAGAUGGGCAAAGGAUGAAACUAGAAGAGUUGACAACAACGACAACGACGACGACGAAGACGAAGAAGAGAGCAAAAAGCACACGCAGCGCAGCAAACAGCAGAGCAAAGAAAACACACACAAUCCAAAAGACCAUCACGACAAUUGCAAAGACGACGACGACACGAGAAUUCUUCUGGUUGGAAUUGUUGAAGUGGUGGCCACAAAGCACACUGCCUACCAAACGUGCAGCGACAGCUGCCAGCAGCAGAGCAGAGCGAAAGAGUGACAGAGAGAGCGAAGAAGAGAAGAGAGGAAAUAGGAAGCAAGCAAGAGCUGUUGUUUUGUUGAGGCGACAACAGCGACGACGACGACGACGUCCAUGCUGAAAAAUCAAUCAGGGACUAGAAGAGAGAAGCGCAUGCUAAAGCUCAAUCAACAACAUGGACAUCGAAAGGCUCUUCAACGAUUUGGAGUCGAAUCAGACGCACGACAACGAGGAGGCAAAAAAGAAACUUGUUGAACUCUUCGCACAGACUAAGGAGCAAUGGCCAGUGCGAUAUAUGCUGGAUUAUUACAUCAAAACGGGCUCGCAACGCAUCAUGGAGGUGCUGGUCAAAGCUCAGGCGCCACACGAUGGCUACAUCUUUGAUCGCUUAGAUGAUUGGCUCAAGCAGCAACAGCAUCGCGUUCAGGCGCUCAAUGUGUUUUGCUUCAUUGUGCGACGUCAUCCCACCUGGUUGCACAAGAUCGAAAAGCAUCGCCUCAUCAAGAGCGUCUUCAAGCUGCUAACGCAUGAGAAGGACAUUGUGCCGCUGAUGUGUGCCUUGUUGUGCAUCAUCACGCUGCUUCCCAUCAUACCGAACUCGGUGCCCAACUUUCUCAACGAUCUCUUCGAGGUCUUUGGCCAUCUGGCCUCGUGGAAGCUGCAGAAUGUGAAUCGCUUGCCCGACGACAAGCUGGUGCACUUGCAGCUUGGCUUGCAGAUGCUUUUCCAUCGUUUGUACGGCAUGUAUCCCUGCAACUUCCUCUCGUACCUCUCGAACUUCAUCAAGAAGGACAACGGCGGCGGUGGCAUCUUUCAGCAUACGAUUAAACCGCUGUUGGACACGGUGCGUGUGCAUCCCAUGCUGCUCACGGGCACCACAGAGACGGAGACGAGCAACACACGCUGGAAGGAAAUGGAACCGCACGAUGUGGUCAUGGAGUGCGCACAUCUAUCGCUGCCCGUGCUGCAUCCAGACUCCAGCAUUGAGGAUAUCAAUUCAGCCUAUCCGGGCGGUGGAACUCCCAGCUACAGUCGCAUGACAUCGGCCACCUCGAAUAGCGAUUACUACAACAAUGGCAGUGGCAGUGGCAGCUAUCAGCUGAGGCAGCUCCAGCAGACGAGUGGCGCCAUCAAACGCUUCGAGGCGGCUGCCUAUGAGAGCAGCCAAACACCCAUCUGGAGUCCACACACAGAGAUUGCGGCUGCCGCUGCCAGCAGCAGCACGGCCAUACCUUUGACGCCAACAGCGGCAUUCAUAUUGCCACAGCAACCAACGAGCAGCAAUUCCCAGCUGCUGGGAGUUACAGGCAGCUCACCACCGGAGGCUGCUGUGGAAGCAACGCCCGAGACAACACCGCUCAAGGAUCUGCGUGAGUUUAAGCAGCAGCAACAACAGCUGCCCAACUCACAUGCAGUGCGUGCCAUCUUCGCGAGCAGUCAACCGUCGUCGCCGCUGCGGAAGGAACAGCAGAGUCAAUUCCAAUUUCCGGACAUUAGCACCGCACCCGAGGAGGUCUUGGAUCAGUUUCAACGCGUGCCGCUGACGAAUUAUCAGCGUCGCCUGCAGCAGGUCAAGCUGGACAGGCACAACACACAGCAGGCGGAGCAGGUGCCCGAGGAGGCGCUGCUCACAGCCACGUUGUGCACGACAACGGGACCCGUGUUGACGCUGGAGACAAAGGAGCAGCUACUGCGCAGCAACGUGUGCGGCGAAUGCAACGAAACGGAUCGCAAUCGAUGCAGCGAUGGCGGAUUGCACAUGCCCACCAGAAGCUCCAUGCAGCAGCUGGCCAAGGGCGUGAAGCGACGCAAUCGCAUGGCCAGCUAUUGCUGUAAUGAGGAGAGUUGGCCAAGCAACAGCGGAAGUAGCAGCACAGCGGCCAAAAAGGCAACGCUUCAGAGUGCUCAGGCGGAGAACCAAAUGCGACGCAGCAAAUCGUGCUCAGCGCUGCCCGACGAGGAUGAUGUGGAUGAUGAGACGGACAGCCCGAAGGCAAGCAAUGGCAAUGGCGCUGGCUGUUCCCUGUUGCAUCAUCUAUCGAACCAAAAGACUGUUGUGCAGACGGGCAGCCGACUGCAGCGAAGUGGACGUGUCAUGACCAUGACUGCGCCGCUUAAGGCAACAACGACAACAACGACGGCAGUUGCUGCAUCUGUGGCCAAUGCGGGCACCCAGACGCUGGAGGUGUUGCCGCCGCAUUACGAGGAUUCGCUGUAUGAGUUACUGUUUGAGUGCAAGGAGCAGCGCAACAAGUACGAGCGGAGUCAACUCUAUCCGCAGGAUAUACUCGAUCAGUUCAUAACGCGCUGCAUCCACACCAAGGACAAUGGCCUCGAUCUCACAGUCAAUGCCCAGCAGGAGCAAUGCCAACUCAUGUGUCUCCAGCUGCAAUACGAGAGCUAUCGUCGUGGCAUCCAUGCGGAGCGCAAUCGUCGCCUGAUGGGACGCAGUCGCGACAAGCGGAGUCUCGAAAUGGAACGCGAUCGUUUGCGUGAGCAGCUCAAGAACUUUGAUGCCAAGAAUCGCGAUCUUGCGCACAAAAUGGACACCGAUACUAGGCGAGCGAAUGAGCGCCAGAUCAGCUACAAUGAGGAGUUGGCUGCUUUGCUUGGCAAGUAUCAGCAUGAAUUGGAGCAGAAACAGUGCUUGCGACAGGCCAACGAGGAUCUUCAAACCCGCUUGAAUGCGGAAAUGCAGCAGCGUGAGGAGUUGCGACGUGAACGCGACUCGCUGCGUGGACAAUUGUUCUCGAUGAGCACCGAGUUGUUGCGUGCCCAGCAGGAGGCCGAGGUGGGACUGCAGUGCAAGCAGGAGUUGGCACGACUCGAGACCGAGUUCAUCAUCAUGGGCGAGGUGCAGGUGCGUUGUCGGGAUCGCCUCGCUGAGAUUGACAAUUAUCGGGCACGCGACGAGGAGCUGCAAAUGCUGCAAGAGAGCUACAAUGCGGAGCUAAAGGAAUUGCGACACAACCUUGACGAGAAGACGCAUCUGCUGGAGAGCACGCGGCACAAGAUUGCCGAGCAGCAAGCGCAGCUGCUCAACAGCGAGAAAGUCAUCACGGAACAGAAGCGAUUGCUGCGCACCGUCAAGGAUGAGUACGACGAAAUGUUCAAGUCGGUCAACAAAAAGUAUGACAUACAAAAGAAGAUCAUUGUGCAAAUGGAGGAGAAGCUAAUGAUGUCGCUCCAACAGCCACAAAGCGCCAUGGGGCACACAACUUGCUCUCCAGACACGGAUCGCACUGACAUUGCCUCGUCCAUGGAACGCAACUCGCCGCUGUCCACGUCGCUGGCCUCCAGUGAAAGUCUCUCGGCUAGCUUGCGCUCCACGGAACUAAAGAACCUACAGCAGCUGCUCGAGACGCCGUCGAUACCCGAAGUGCCGAGCAUGGCCACAGGCACCGCAACUAAUAUUUUGUAUGAAGAUAAUCCUCGCUUGCCGGCCAUUGAUUUAGCCUCCUCAGCGGGCACAGCAAGCGCCAUAAACAUCAUGCAAAUGGUUGCAACGGCCGAGGAAUUGGAUCUGCCCAGCACAUCUAAUCACAGCCAUGCACCCCACCCACAUUUGCACUUGCAGCAGGAGCAGCCAACUCAGAGUCAGCAGCAGCAGCAGCAAUAGAGAGAAAAAAAAACAUUGAGAGAGAGAGAAAGAUCAAGAGAAACUACUAAGCAGAAGGGCUGUCAAUUAUAUAGAAUGGUCAGGAUGAGUUUAAAACAAAACAAAAACUAAAAAUGUAUCAAACAAAAUAACUAGCUGCAAAAACUUUUCUCUUAAAAUUUACUUUUUUUUUUGUCUUCACAACCAAAAAUUAAUUAUUGUCGAUUUUUGAAACAAAUUGUUCAGGGUUUACACGCAUUCAGUUUAAAACUGUAACUAAAAAGAAAAGAAAAUAACUAAAGUAAAGUAUAAUAAAACGCAGACUCCACGCAAUAAUUAUAUUCAUAACAAACAAAAACAAAUAAUGAUUAUAAACGUUUGAAAUUUUAACUUGUUGGCACAUUGCAAUGUGUUUUGUCGUAUAAAAUUGUACAAAAAAAAAAGAAAAUAAAACAAACAUAGGUUUUGAUAUGAUAAAGCAUGUAAAUGGAAGUAAUUAAAGCGCAUAAUGAUUUUAUAAUAAACAAUUGAGCAUGUAA